AUGCCUCGCCGGGGGAGACCGGAUAUACCCCAACCAAUCCUUCACCCCAUCGCCUCACAUGCGACCUUCAACACAGCAGCACCAGCACCAGCACCAGCACAGGCACAGGCACAGGCACAGGCACAGACACCACAACCAGAACCACCCUCGUCGUCCUCAGCGCAGCAUGGCAUAUCAAGGACAGAACCACCGGCAUCAGACCAUCUCUCAUUCUCCUACCUCCGCUCCCGGAAACUAGAGCCUUAUUUGCCGCCGCCAGUGGACGAGCACCACCCUCCACCCUCACUCUCACUCACCCACAACUUCGCCCAUCCCUCUCACCCACCGCCGCAGCACCACGGCAGCCACCCUCCAGCGGCAACAGGAGACCAACCCCCAGGGACAGCGCAGCAACACCCUUCCCAAGAGGACCCAGCCGCAGCGCAUCACCAAGAUGACCCGGGCGAGGACCAGAACGAAGAGGAAGACGACGAGGGCGAUGAAGGAGACGAGGAAAUAGACUGGCGGCCCCGGCCCUUCAUAACACUGACCUACGCACAAUCCCUGGACUCGGGGCUCGCGUCCGCGCCGGGGGCGCGCACCGCCAUCUCGGGCGCCGCGACAAAGGCCAUGACGCACUUCCUGCGCAGCCGGCACGACGCCAUCCUCGUGGGCGCCGGCACCGCCGCCGCCGACGACCCGGGCCUCAACUGCCGGCUCGAGGUCGAGAUGAGCGGCGGCCACCAGCCGCGGCCCGUCGUCGUCGACCCCUCGGCGCGGUGGGCGGUCACCGGGGACAGCAAGGUCGUGCAGCUCGCGCGCGAGGGGAGGGGGCUGGGGCCCUGGGUGGUCUGUGCCGAGGGCGCGGUGCCUGAUCCGGAGAGGGUGAGGGCCGUGGAGGCUGUUGGGGGGCGGUAUCUGGCUGUCGAGGCUGGGGAGGGGCCGGGAAGGGGAGCUGAUGGUGAAGAGAGUGGGGGGGAGGAGGAGGGCAGGGAUGAGGGAGAGGACAGCUCGAGCCCGGUGUUGACGUGGGACAGCAUCUUCGGCGUGCUGUGGGAGGAGGGCAUCAACAGCGUCAUGGUCGAGGGCGGGGCCACCGUCAUCAACGACCUGCUGCUGCUGGCCAACGAGGGGCUGGACGUGGUCGACUCGGUCAUCGUCACCAUCGCCCCCGUGUGGCUGGGCAGCGGCGCCGUCACGGUCGCGCCUGAGCGGCCCGUCGACGCGGACAUGCGGCGCGUGCCGGGCCCGCGGCUGACGGACGUCAUGUGGAGCCAGAUGGGCGAUGACAUGGUGCUUUGUGGGAGAAUCAUGCGAUAG